CCGGGUACGUGGGCGGGAUAUGGGGAGCGGGUGAAAUAGGAGUGGGAAAGAGAAGGCCGCGACGGGAACGAGCGACCUCAGGCGCCAUUUUGUUGGGAAACAAACAGGCAGAAGUGCGGAGUAGAGAAGGGGAAAAAAAUCAGGAGGAGGCCCGCCUGCUGGUGAAGAAAGCAGCGCAGUCGGAGGCGGUUGCUGCGAUUAUUAAUUUGACGUAGAACGAGGCGGUCGGAGGCGGUGGAAGCAGUGCGAGGUACCAUGUUCCUUGACAAGAAAGUUGACUGAAGAAUCCAUAAACACAUCUCAUAAUAGGCUAAUUUUAAAUAAAUUAACCUGUCUCUGAAGUGACUAAAGGGGAAUAAUGGUGAUUUUGCGCCGGACUCGGCCGCCUGCUUCCGCCCCGACCAGCAAUGAAUCUUGACUCGCUCUCGCUGGCCUUGUCUCAAAUCAGCUACCUUGUGGACAAUUUGACAAAGAAAAACUACAGAGCCAGCCAGCUGGAAAUACAACAUAUUGUGAAUCGGCACGGUCCUGAGGCAGACAGGCACUUGUUACGCUGUCUAUUCUCACAUGUGGAUUUCAGUGGAGAUGGUAAAAGCAGUGGCAAGGAUUUUCAUCAGACCCAGUUUUUAAUUCAGGAGUGUGCAUCUUUGAUCACCAAGCCGAAUUUCAUCUCUACUCUGUCAUAUGCCAUUGACAAUCCUUUGCACUACCAGAAGAGUCUGAAGCCUUCUCCCCAUCUUUUCGCUCAGCUGAGUAAAGUUCUGAAGCUUAGCAAGGUCCAAGAGGUUAUCUUUGGCCUUGCACUUCUUAACUCUUCUAGCUGUGAACUACGGGGAUUUGCUGUCCAGUUUGUGAAACAAAAACUCCCAGACCUCCUGCGUUCUUACGUUGACGUGGACGUUAGUGGCAAUCAAGAAGGUGGAUUCCAGGAUAUUGCCAUAGAGGUCCUGCACCUCCUCCUCUCCAACCUCCUUUUUGGCCAGAAAGGAGCCUUUGGGGUGGGACAGGAGCAGAUUGUAGCAUUUCUUAAGACUCUACGCAGAGAUUUCCCACAGGAACGCUGCCCGGUGGUGCUUGCACCACUGCUUUAUCCUGAAAAACGGGACAUUCUAAUGGACCGAAUCUUAGCUGAUUCUGGAGGAAUCGCCAAAACUAUGAUGGAUAGUUCUCUUGCUGACUUUAUGCAGGAAGUGGGCUACAGCUUCUGUGCCAGUGUGGAAGAAUGUCGCAAUAUAAUUGUUCAGUUUGGUGUCCGAGAAGUCACAGCUGUGCAAGUAGCCAGAGUACUUGGGAUGAUGGCCCGAACACACUCUGGUCUAACAGAUGGCAUUCCUUUACAGUCUAUCACUUCCCCUGGUAGUGGCAUUUGGAGUGAUGGAAAGGAUAAAAAUGAUGCUGUUCAGCCACACACCUGGAAUGUUGAAGUUCUGAUAGAUGUUGUGAAGGAGCUGAACCCCACACUGAACUUCAAAGAGGUAACAUAUGAACUCGAUAACCCAAGUUUUCAGAUCCGUGACAAUAAAGGUCUUCAAACUGUGGUAUAUGGCAUCCAAAGAGGUCUUGGUAUUGAGGUGUUUCCAGUUGAUCUGAUUUAUAGACCUUGGAAGAAUGCAGAGGGACAGCUUUCCUUUAUUCAGCAUUCGUUAGUGAACCCUGAAAUUUUUUGCUUUGCGGACUACCCUUGCCAUGCUGUUGCUACUGAUAUUUUAAAGGCACCACCAGAAGAUGACAAUCGUGAAAUUGCUACAUGGAAGAGUUUGGAUUUGAUUGAAUCUCUGCUUCGGCUGGCUGAGUUGGGGCAGUAUGAGCAAGUAAAACAGCUCUUUGCCUACCCAAUAAAGCACUGUCCAGAUAUGCUAGUGUUGGCCUUACUACAGAUUAACUCCACUUGGCAUACCUUGCGCCAUGAACUCAUCUCUACACUUAUGCCAAUAUUCCUUGGAAACCACCCCAACUCUGCCAUCAUUUUGCACUAUGCUUGGCAUGGACAGGGACAGUCACCAUCGAUACGACAGCUUAUCAUGCAUGCAAUGGCAGAGUGGUAUAUGCGUGGUGAGCAGUACGAUCAAGCAAGGCUCUCUCGUAUUCUUGAUGUGGCCCAGGACUUAAAAGCAUUGUCAAUGUUGCUAAAUGGUACUCCAUUUGCCUUUGUUAUUGAUCUUGCUGCACUUGCUUCUCGCCGGGAGUACCUCAAGCUUGAUAAAUGGCUCACAGAUAAAAUACGAGAACAUGGGGAACCAUUCAUCCAGGCCUGUAUGACCUUUUUAAAGAGACGGUGUCCUUCUAUACUGGGUGGCCUUAUACCAGAGAAAGAUCAGCCUAAAAGUGCCCAACUGCCACCUGAGACUUUGGCAACGAUGUUGGCGUGUUUACAAGCCUGUGCUGGAAGCGUUUCACAAGAACUUUCGGAAACCAUCCUUACCAUGGUUGCAAACUGCAGUAAUGUUGUUAACAAAGCAAGACAGCCGCCUCCUGGGGUUAUGCCAAAAGGCCGUCCUCCAAGUACUAGCAGCUUGGAUGCCAUUUCACCUGUUCAGAUUGAUCCAAUUGCGGCUAUGGCCUCUCUCAGCAUUGGUGGAUCUGCUGCGCCUCACACUCAAAGUAUGCCAGUUUUCCCUCCAAAUCUGGGUUCUGCUUUCAGUACCCCGCAGUCUCCAGCAAAAGCAUUUCCACCCCUUACAGCUCCAAACCAGUCCACUGCUUUCAGUGGUCUUGGUGGGUUAACUUCACAACUUCCAGGUGGACUUGGAACAGGAAGCUUGACUGGUAUGGGUACAGGUGGACUUAGUCUUCCUACGGUGAACAGUGAUCCCUUUGGGCAAAGAAAACUGAGUACAUCUGGAAUUAACCAGCCUACUUUCCAGCAGACGGACUUGUCUCAGGUGUGGCCAGAGGCAAACCAGCACUUUAGUAAAGAAAUAGAUGAUGAAGCAAACAGCUACUUCCAGCGCAUCUACAACCAGCCUCCACACCCAACUAUGUCUGUGGAUGAGGUGUUGGAAAUGCUGCAGAGGUUCAAAGAUUCUAAUAUAAAACGGGAACGUGAAGUGUUUAACUGUAUGCUGAGGAAUUUGUUUGAAGAAUAUCGUUUUUUUCCUCAGUACCCAGACAAAGAACUGCACAUAACUGCUUGCCUUUUUGGUGGUAUAAUAGAAAAAGGUCUGGUAACCUACAUGGCUCUUGGAUUGGCCCUACGCUAUGUACUUGAAGCACUGCGUAAGCCUUUUCAAUCCAAAAUGUACUUCUUUGGAAUAGCUGCACUUGAUCGGUUUAAAAAUAGAUUGAAGGAUUAUCCUCAGUAUUGUCAGCACCUGGCUUCAAUUAGUCACUUUAUGCAAUUCCCCCAUCACCUGCAGGAGUAUAUAGAAUAUGGUCAACAAUCCAGAGAUCCCCCGGUAAAGAUGCAGGGCUCUAUCACAACCCCAGGAAGCAUUGCACUCUCUCAAGCACAGGCUCCUGCAAAAGCACCUAGCAGCAGUGCUGUUACAACGUCUACUACAACCACCCCAGCAAAAACCAUCACAAUAACUAGGCCUACUGGUGUUAGCUUCAAGAAGGAUGUACCACCUUCCAUCAACACUACCAACAUAGACACACUCCUGGUUGCUACAGAUCUUGCAGGACAGCUUGUUGAACCUCCAGAAAAUGUUCAGGAGAAGAUUGCUUUCAUCUUCAAUAAUUUGUCACAGUCCAAUAUGACUCAGAAGGUAGAGGAGCUGAAAGAAAUUGUAAAGGAUGAAUUCAUGCCUUGGGUAUCACAGUAUUUAGUAAUGAAAAGGGUCAGCAUUGAGCUCAACUUCCACAGCCUGUAUUCCAACUUUAUGGAUGCACUAAAGAACUUAGAAUUCAACAAAAUGGUGCUAGUGGAGACCUACAGAAAUAUCAAGGUGCUUCUGACCUCCGAUAAAGCUGCUGCAAAUUUUUCUGACCGCUCCUUGCUGAAGAACUUGGGACAUUGGUUAGGCAUGAUCACACUGGCAAAGAACAAGCCAAUUCUGCACACGGACUUAGAUGUAAAAUCAUUGCUGCUCGAAGCCUAUGUGAAGGGGCAGCAGGAGCUUCUCUACGUUGUGCCUUUUAUUGCCAAAGUCUUGGAGUCUAGUGUUAGAAGUGUGGUUUUCCGACCACCGAAUCCCUGGACAAUGGCCUUAAUGAAUGUGCUAGCAGAGCUGCAUCAAGAACAUGACUUGAAGCUAAAUCUAAAGUUUGAGAUUGAAGUCUUGUGUAAAAAUCUGGCCUUGGACAUAAAUGACUUGAAGCCUGGUAGCCUAUUGAAAGACAAGGAUCGACUGAAAAGCUUGGAUGAACAACUUUCAGCUCCCAAAAAGGAUGUGAAGCAGCCAGAGGAGCUACCUCCAAUGACUAGUGCCAGCGAGUAUGCCAUUCGAACUGCUGGCAAACUUUGGGCCUCGGUGGAAAAGCAGGAAUCUGAUGCAGUUUUUACAGCAACAGCUACUGCUCCACCACCAAGCACAACAUGCACUGCAACUGUUCCACCACAGCCUCAGUAUAGCUACCAUGACAUUCAUGUUUACUCCCUGGCAGGCCUUGCUCCUCAUAUCACACUUAAUCCCACAAUUCCUUUGUUUCAAGCCCACCCACAACUGAAGCAGUGUGUAAGACAGGCAAUUGAAAGAGCAGUCCAGGAACUUGUUCACCCUGUGGUCGAUCGGUCUAUUAAGAUUGCAAUGACAACCUGUGAGCAAAUUGUGCGCAAAGACUUUGCACUAGAUUCUGAAGAGUCUCGUAUGAGGAUUGCUGCUCAUCAUAUGAUGCGUAACCUGACCGCUGGUAUGGCUAUGAUUACAUGCCGUGAGCCCCUGCUCAUGAGCAUUGCCACCAACCUGAAGAAUAGCUUUGCAACAGCUAUGCGGGCUGCUUCCCCUCAGCAGCGAGAAAUGAUGGAGCAGGCUGCUGCACAGCUUGCACAGGACAACUGUGAAUUAGCCUGUUGUUUUAUACAGAAGACUGCAGUGGAAAAGGCUGGACCUGAAAUGGACAAGAGACUGGCAACUGAAUUUGAACUGCGAAAGCAUGCAAGGCAAGAAGGUCGGCGUUACUGUGAUCCUGUAGUGUUAACAUACCAGGCAGAACGAAUGCCAGAGCAGAUACGUUUGAAGGUUGGAGGUGUGGACCCUAAACAGCUGGCUGUUUAUGAGGAAUUUGCACGUAAUGUUCCUGGAUUUCUACCCACAAAUGACUUAACCCAGCCCACAGGGUUUCUGGCUCAACCUAUGAAGCAACAAGCCUGGGCCACAGAUGAUGUUGCACAGAUCUAUGACAAGUGCAUAACAGAGUUAGAGCAGCAUUUACAUGCAAUCCCACCUGCACUGUCAAUGAAUCCACAGUCUCAAGCUCUGAGAAGUCUACUGGAAGCUGUAGCUGUUGCUCGAAAUUCAAGGGAUGCCAUAGCUGCGCUAGGACUACUGCAAAAGGCUGUUGAAGGGCUACUAGAUGCCACAAGUGGGGCAGAUGCAGACCUUCUUCUCCGUUAUCGGGAAUGUCACCUUCUGGUAUUAAAGGCCCUGCAGGAUGGACGUGCCUAUGGUUCUCCUUGGUGCAACAAGCAAAUAACCAGGUGUUUAAUAGAGUGCCGAGAUGAAUAUAAAUAUAACGUGGAGGCUGUAGAGCUUCUGAUCCGGAACCACCUGGUGAACAUGCAGCAAUAUGACCUCCAUUUGGCUCAGUCCAUGGAGAAUGGCUUGAACUAUAUGGCUGUGGCCUUUGCCAUGCAGUUAGUGAAGAUACUACUUGUGGAUGAACGAAGUGUGAGCCAUGUGACAGAGGCUGAAUUUUUCCACACUAUUGAGACUCUUAUGCGAAUUAAUGCACACUCAAGAGGCAAUGCCCCUGAAGGAGAGAGGCUUCACUGGCCGGUAGAAGGGGCAGUUGUCGAGCCACCUAAAAGACUUCCUCAGCUAAUGGAUGUUUUGCGCUCCAAUUUUGAUGCAAUGAUGGAACGAGCCCAUGGAGGUCCUAACUUUAUGAUGCAUUCUGGCAUCUCCCAAGCUUCAGAGUAUGAUGACCCACCCGGCUUGAGGGAGAAGGCAGAGUACCUAUUGAGAGAGUGGGUUAAUCUAUACCAUUCUGCUGCUGCUGGGCGUGAUAGUACCAAAGCUUUUUCUGCAUUUGUCGGCCAAAUGCAUCAACAAGGGAUUUUGAAGACUGACGACCUCAUCACACGGUUCUUUCGCUUGUGCACAGAGAUGUGUGUGGAGAUAAGUUACCGGGCUCAAGCUGAGCAACAGCACAAUCCGGCUGCUAAUCCCACAAUGAUUCGGGCAAAAUGUUACCACAAUUUAGAUGCUUUUGUGCGUCUUAUAGCUCUGCUAGUCAAACACUCUGGAGAAGCUACAAACACAGUGACAAAAAUAAAUCUUUUGAACAAGGUACUUGGUAUUGUUGUUGGAGUACUUCUACAGGACCAUGAAGUGCGACAGAGCGAGUUUCAGCAGUUACCUUACCAUCGCAUUUUCAUUAUGUUGUUGUUGGAGUUAAAUGCCCCUGAGCAUGUUCUAGAAACAAUAAAUUUUCAGACACUGACAGCAUUUUGCAAUACUUUUCACAUUCUCAGACCAACUAAAGCUCCAGGCUUUGUCUAUGCGUGGCUUGAGCUCAUUUCCCAUCGAAUAUUUAUUGCCCGAAUGUUGGCUCACACACCCCAACAAAAGGGCUGGCCAAUGUAUGCACAGCUGUUAAUUGAUCUUUUCAAGUACCUGGCACCUUUUUUGAGGAACGUGGAACUGACAAAACCUAUGCAGAUCCUCUACAAGGGCACGCUUCGUGUGCUGCUUGUUUUGCUUCAUGACUUUCCAGAGUUUCUCUGUGAUUAUCAUUAUGGGUUUUGUGAUGUGAUUCCACCAAACUGCAUCCAGCUGAGGAAUCUAAUACUGAGUGCCUUCCCACGCAAUAUGAGAUUGCCAGAUCCCUUCACGCCUAAUCUUAAGGUGGAUAUGUUAAGUGAGAUAAACAUUGCUCCCCGUAUACUUACAAAUUUCACUGGAGUAAUGCCUCCCCAGUUCAAAAAGGAUUUGGAUUCUUAUCUCAAGACUCGCUCACCUGUCACAUUUCUCUCUGAGCUCCGCAGCAACUUGCAGGUUUCGAAUGAGCCUGGCAAUCGCUACAAUAUCCAGCUGAUUAAUGCAUUAGUACUGUAUGUGGGGACUCAGGCUAUUGCUCAUAUUCACAACAAGGGUAGCACACCCUCCAUGAGCACCAUUACCCACUCUGCACAUAUGGACAUCUUCCAGAACCUGGCUGUGGACCUAGACACUGAAGGACGCUACCUCUUUUUGAAUGCUAUUGCCAAUCAACUGCGGUAUCCCAACAGCCAUACUCACUACUUUAGCUGCACGAUGCUUUAUCUCUUUGCUGAAGCAAACACUGAGGCGAUACAGGAACAAAUAACAAGAGUUCUUCUGGAGCGGCUGAUUGUAAAUAGACCACAUCCUUGGGGACUCCUUAUAACAUUCAUUGAGCUUAUUAAAAAUCCUGCAUUCAAGUUCUGGAACCAUGAGUUUGUACAUUGUGCACCGGAAAUUGAAAAGUUGUUCCAGUCUGUUGCACAGUGCUGCAUGGGGCAAAAACAAGCCCAGCAAGUCAUGGAAGGCACAGGAGCCAGCUAAGAAGCCAGUGAUCAUUGACUUUUAUCUGUGCCGGCUUUAUGCUUAUAAAGCAAGCCCAAGGAACCAGUUUCUGCAAUGUGAAGAAUCCCUAUUGGAUUUUUUUUCUUGCCCAAAAGCUGUAUCAGUUCAUGGCACAAAUUCCCGGCUGGGGGUGUAAUGUUUUAACAUAUCUUGUUUGUUUUGAAGGGAGAUUUCCUAAAUUUUGCAAAUUAUGGGGAUUUUUUUCCAGCUCUACAUUUGGCCAAAAAACAUGAAGAACAUGUGAAUAUAUAUAUUUUUUUCUUGAUCUCUUGUAAAUACUGAUCUGAAAUGCAACUCCAAAAAAAAAAAAAAAAAAAAAUCUGGUCUGGCCUUGUAUCUUUCAUUGGUGUACAUUACAAUUUGAACUGGGUGUGUUGUUAAGGGUAUUAUCUACUGUUGUGGGUUUCUUGGUUCUUUAAUAGCAGAUGAAAUGUCUGACCGUGGGUAGGGCUUCUGGAUACCAAGCACUUGUGGAAACAGGGUGGGACAGGGAACAGCUGUCAGAACUCAUGGUUGUUGAAAGGUCACACGGCUCAUGUCUGUGCAGAGCUUAUGAACAUAAAGUGAUUUUUACCUUACAUUUCUCUGCUCUUUGUUUACAAUCUGCGUGUUACAUGACAUUUGGAUGCUGCCAUUCUUCUAGUUUUCUGGUGGCUCCUACAGUUCUAAUGCUGAGAAAGUGUACAGUCCUUGCUUUUGAGAGCAAAACUUCUCGUGUAAAGACUGUUUCCUUGGUGUUUCAGCAAUUGUAAAGAAAGAAUCCCUUUUAUUUUUGACAAAUGUAAAUAAUUUAUCCAGGAAAUAGUCUACGAGAGGUAUGAGCUGCUGCCCCUUUCUCUUUCAUCCCCACACUUGAGUUUGUAGUUAUAUAUAAAAAAAAACGAAUAAUAAUUAUCAAACUUCUGGACCAAUACAGGCCAUUUUUGUAAGAAUUUUGAAUGUUUUGUAAAUGUAUUGGUCCUGUGUUGUAUAUUGUAGGCUUUCUAGUUUUUUCUGAGCCUUCAAUUUCUCCCACAUGUAUGUAUGGUUUCUGUAGUUACACAUUAAAGUCAUGACCUGCAGCAAA